AUGGCUGGCCACAGCCUGAAUGAUGACAAAGUGCGCACAGUCGACGUCAUGGUGGAACGCAAUCUGCUGUUCGAGCGAAUGUCAUUGUCGGAGCCAGUGAAGCAGGCUCUCGCUCGAAACAAUUUCAUACACCCUUCGCCAAUUCAGGCACGAGCGGUUCCAUUAGCUCGAUGUGAUUUCGACCUUUUAGUGCAGGCAAAAUCGGGCACAGGAAAGACGCUCGUUUUCGCUAUCACCAUCGUUGAAAGACAUGACCCGGAGGUCGCUUUCCCACAGUCACUCACGAUCGUACCAACGCGGGAAAUUGCCGUGCAGGUGGAAGCGGUACUAAACCGAAUUGGUAGCGAAUUGGGCAACUUUAAGGCACGUUCCUUUAUUGGCGGCAUGGAAAUUAGUGUCGAUCGAAAAAAUUUACAAAACUGCUCAGCUGUCGUCGGUACGCCAGGAAGGAUAUUGCAUCUCAUCAAAAGCAAUGUGCUGAACACAUCAUACAUCCGCACACUAGUAAUGGAUGAGGCGGACACACUGUUGCAGGCGAGUAUGCGUGGUGAUAUCGACAAAAUUGUGUGUGCAUUGCCCGAGAAGCGGCAAACGAUCGUGUGCAGUGCAACGUUCUACAACAAUCGCGACCGGGAGUUGCUAAGGUACAUGAACGCGAAGUUUAUUGGCGUCACGCCUAAGCGGGAGGUGCCACUUCUCUUCGGUAUAAAGCAAUUCGUGCGGGAGCUACCGGCGGAGACCGAUAACGUGAAGGAUCUGAUAGCGAAGGUGGGCGUACUGAAUGAGAUCUUCCAGCAGAUAAACUUUUCCCAGUGUGUAGUGUUUGCGAACACGAUUGCUAAAGCGGAAACGUAUUGUACGUACCUUAAGAAAGCGGGCUGGCCGGCAGAAGUAAUUAAUAGUAGCAUGGAACAACGAUUCCGCUUGAAAGCGAUUGAAGAUUUCCGAUCGUUUCGGGCCCGUGUGCUGAUCGCGACGAAUUUAAUCGCUCGAGGUAUCGAUGUGGAAAAUGUCAAUCUUGUGAUUAAUGCCGACGUACCGAAGGAUAAUGCUACCUACCUACAUCGAAUAGGACGUGCAGGACGGUUUGGAACGAAAGGUAUCGCAGUGACGCUUGUGUCGGGAGUGAAAGAUAUGGAACGAUUUCGGCGUAUCUUACACGAUAUCGGUGGGAACGAGAUGUUUGUACUUAAACUACCCCAGGGCCAAUUGGAUGAUUUGUGGCAAUUUGAAAGGUACGGAGAUCGGUACGAGAAACUAUUUGCCUCGCAGAUGGUACAGGAAAUCCGUGACAAAGAUGCCGACCAGAUGUUUCUCAAGGCGAUGAAGAUGAUCGGUGAAUUGAAGAAUGGUAGUGGUGAACCAUCACGAAGCAAUAACAACGAUGAUUUGAAACUGGAUGAUAGCCUGGAGAAGUCAACCUCGGACGAAGAGACCGUGGUUGAGUUAGAGGCACCGAAUGUGACGUCCAAACUGGCCAGUGUUGCACCACCCAAAGGAAUGCCCACGAACGGGCAUGCCACUGAGCUGAAUGGAAAUAUAUCCCCGGGCAAAGCUGAACAACACACCCAGUCGUCGUGUACGGUAGCCAUGGAUGGAUUGUCGAUGUCCAUGGAGAAACUCUGUCUCGAUCGUGGCUUACAAUCGAACGGUGAUCGGGGUGCUAAAACGAAGCGGCUCGAUUCAUUAAAUGGAAACCACACGAAACCGGAUGGCAACGAACGGAACAACGUAAAGGCCGAAGAAAUUGAUGAUGACGAAAACAACGACGACGACGAUGAGGAUGACGAUGAUUCUCCUAAACCGGGACCAUCGAAAAAUGGCGUAAAAAGUAUGCCUGCAUCGGCCACGAUAAGAGGAACCCUUUCAACUCCCGUACCUGAUAUGGAUGGAACGCAGCUGUUGCUGCUGAAAGGUGGCACUAUCACGACUAUCGUCACCAGGAACGGUGGUGAUGAAUCGGACCUCGAAAGUAGCUCCUCUCUUAGCACGAAUGUAACGGAGAAGGUGGAGGUGGGUUCAGACUUUAAUGCACAGAUGUCCCGGCUUAAUCAGAUACCAGAUCCGCGAUUCCGACAGAUCGGUUCGGUCGACUGCUCCGAUAUUGAUCACAGCUCGGAUAGUGAAGCAAACGGUGGCGAAUGUCCCCCAUUCGAGGCAAACAAUGAUGCACUAUUUGCGAAGAUCAUGGAACAAAAGGAGUUGGGUGUGGAGCAUCCGGAACAUCAGGUACAGCUGCAUUCUAUCGAUGGUUGCAGUCUGGAGGUGCACGACGAUACAAUCAGUGAUCGGGGCCUGACGCGCAAAUGUUCCGUUCCGGAUGUGGUGCCGUGUGGCAUAUCGCUCGACUCUUCCCGCCUGCAUGGUGGUAACCGGGGUGCGCUACCUGAAGAGAUUGGCGAGAAUGGUGAAGAGGGAGAGGAAAUCGAGCUAAACUCCAAUACGUGUGGUUCGAACCGAGGUUCACUGUUUGAAGAAGAGGUCGAGGACGUUAUACAGGCGAACCUACCAAACCGGAUUCGUUUCCAGCAGCAAGAUUCGUUGGAGGUAAAUUCGAACACAGUUGGAUCGAAUGUCGGUUCAACGCCAGAACCACCCGAGAUGCUUGAUCAGCAAUCGCUUCCCAUCAUCAAUCCAAUUGAGGCAGAUCCGAUUGGUCCGAUCGGGCCGGAAUGUGCGGCUCAUGACGUCGACGAUAUGAUGGAUGAUGCGAGCUCCUACUCAUCAUACGACAGCGACGCAUCCAAUUCGUCCUUUUUCGAUGAUGUCGACCGUGUGUCAGUCGCUUCAGCCAAAUCAACACCCAAAGAGAACGAAGCGCUCACGUCCACUGACCCACUCAUGGUAGCGGGUGCAGUCGGAGGACCAACCGGUAGUUUGGAACAGAUCGGUGCCGUUCCUUCGAAUUCGGUGUCGGUAGCCGCUUCACCGCAUCUAUUUGCCGUUCCCAGCAUCCCGACUCCACCACUACUUGUCAACGGUAUAAUCCCACCAGUGGCCACCAGCACGGUCGUCGGCGGUGCCGGAAAUCAGCCACCAGCACAACCCAUUAUUGACGAAGAGCGUUCUCCUCGAUCGCCUGCGUUCAUGGCACGCAUGGAAAACAUGUUACCACCGUUUCACCCAACAGUGGCAUCCACAGCUGCAGCCACCGGUCCUCCAGGCACCACACAACCGAUACGUAGUGAUGCCCACGCAACCGCACUUUAUCACCGAACAUACGCCCUUUGGAGCAAUCAGUACUGGAACCAACUGACACAGAUCAACGACUACGUACGGUUUGCGGCUUACGCACGGCGCAAUGCUUAUCGGAGUCCUUAA